GAACUCUGUCCUGUCCAAUCCCCGCCCUCACAAUCCGGCUGGUUGUCAGUUUGAAGAAGGCGACACCGGGGGAGUCAGAAGGUAUUUUUGCGGCUUGUUGUAGGGAGAGAAUCACCUUUCAGAGCUCGGCAUGGCUUCGAGAAUAGAAUCAGCGGAGGAGGAAGACAGCUGUAACGAUGAUAGCACCUACAGCGAUGACUUUGACAACAGUGAUGAAGAGCUGAGUGGCAGUGAUACAGACAGUCUUGGUGAAGGAGAAUUUGAUGAAGAAAGAUGCAGGAAGAGUCAGGCAAAGGGAACAGAAACUAUGCCCUGCAAAUAUUACAACAAGCGUAAAUGCAAGGACCAGAACUGUGCGUAUCUGCAUGUUUGCAAAUAUUACUUCAAUGGAAACUGCAAAUAUGGGGAAGCUUGUAGACUGAGCCAUAGGAUGAGUUCUGACACUGAAUCCUCCUGUUCCUCAUUAGAUGAAGACACACCAAGAAGAACAAAGAAGCAGUCUGCAGGGAAACAUUACGAGUGGCAGAUUAAGGAUGUGGAAGGAUGGAAUGCUAUUAAAUGUGACCACAUAAUCGAGGCUCAGUACUCACUGCCUGGGACAAAAGGCAUCAAACUUUACAACUCUGUAUAUGGCAUGAUCUCAAUAGAUUUUGAUAAAAUGCAAGUCCGUGGAAAAGAUCUCCAAGUUCGCCGUAAGACCUUUGCUAAUUCCCCAAAGAAGGAUGAAUGGCUCUGGUAUUACCGUUGUAAGCACAAAUGGAAACAGUUUUCAGCAAAGGGUAAGACAAUCAGAAGUGCUGACAUUGAAAGUCAGUAUCAACUGAAUAUGCACAAAUCCACCCAGAUUACAGUGAAUCACAAAGUUUACAAGAUCUGCUUCCAUGAAAUGGUGCAGAUCAAUGUGGCGACUGGAACAAAAAGAAGAGUCAAACGCAGACCUAAAUUGCAAAGCACAAGGAAGGCCAGUGACAGUCCUUCAGGAUCAAUGAGCCAGUUAAUUCUUUCUGGGCAGCAUCAACAAUACAAGUGGCAGUUUUCAGGAAAACAUGGCAACUGGCACGACUACAAGACACGGAGAGGAACAGACACUGAAUGUUCAGUGAGCAGUAGGGAGAUUGAAUCUGCAUACCUGCAAAAUCAACAGGGCUGCAUGACCUUCUAUGUUAAUCAUGACAAGCUGCAACUGGACUUCUCGGCUAUGCUACAGACUAACCUGUCCACUGGUGCAAAACGCUGUAUCCGCCGGCUUUCCCUGCCACGAUAAGCUGCCUCAUAAACCAGUGAAUUGCCUCUGUCUGACGAUCCUGCGUGUUACCGAUCUUCUUGUGGAGAAAGAGGUGGAAGCUGCUUUGCAACAAUUGAUAAAGCGGCUUCGAGCAAUGAUGAGGCUCCUCCACUGAUCCCCAUAGCAUCCAAGCUGCAAGCCGACUAACUGGCAAUAGCCAUGCAUUUGAUAAAUUUGCUGAUUAUUUUUCAAAUCAUUAAACUGCCAAACUUAUACCACUGCCUUCCCUGACCUGAGCAAUAAGGAACAUUUUUUAAAAAAAAAGGAUGAAAAACCUUAAGAAUUUUUGCAAUGAGACGUUAAACUGAGGCCUGAUCCACCCUCUCAGGUGGACAUAAACGAUACCAUGGUACUGUUCCGAAGGAGAGCAGGAAAGUUCUCCCCGGUGUCCUAUCCAAUGUUUGUCAUAGAAACAAUAUGCCUUUGAAAAAGAAACAUUUUUUUGUGUGCAAAUUUACUGCCAUGUUUUCUACAUUAAAACAGUAACUGCACUUCAAAAAAGUACCUUAGCUGUUGGAAAGGACUUUGGGGCAUCCUAAAAGGAGCUAGAGAAAUACAAUCCCUUUUUUUUUCAUCUUUCUUUUCAGAUGCUCCUUAAAACUUACCUCUUUGACUAGCCUUUAGGCCACUUGCCCCAAUAUUUCCUUAUCUGGUCAGUCCUUGGCUGAUGAGCUGAUCCAAGCUCCUUGGGAUAUUUGACAAUGUUAAGGGUAUUGUAUAAGUGCAAGUUAUUAGUGAGUAUGAUAUUUACACCAGAUCAUUGUAAAGGAAACAGUGCUGCAAACAGAGUAAGCUUUUAUUAACAUUUUUUGAUCAGUGAAAAAGCAGGUGAUAGUAAAACAGCUGCCACCUUGUGUGGUGAUGGGGGUUGCCAACUGUCUAUGAUUGCCCUGGAGACUCUGUGAAUUCAAUAUCAGCAGCUUUCCUUCCCUAAAGGACAUUGAUGAACCCGCUGUCUUUUUGCAACAAGUUUAACGGCUUGCUGGUCAUUUUUUAAAAAACGGGUACUAGUUUAUUGAUUUCCAGAUGUUUUUAAACUAAAUUCAGUUUCUCAAACAGCUGUGGGGAGAUUUGAUAUUACCUAGGCCUUUGGAUUAUUGGCUCAGUAACAUCACCACAACCCUAUUCUAUCCCAAUGCUAUUACUCCCCGAGAAGGCUGGGGAGUAAAUGGUGGAAUGGCCCAUACAUCAUCCUUAGCAAAAAUAUACAUUGGCAUCAAGGGCUUUGAGAUAGGUAACAAUAUCGGUAGUAAUAUAACCCCUGGGGUUUAUAUUAAAAUUGGUUCUUUUUUUUGUGCAAUGCUGGAAAUAUUUAUCUCAGCUAAUUUGUUGCAUUGUGAACUGGUGACAAUCUAAAUAAUUCAUCUUUUUCUUGAAUUGUCCUUUAUCUAUGGUGUUUUGUAUCUGAAUAAACUGGGGAUGAAAUUG